AUGGCGCGGUGGUUGUCAUUCUUUGCGGAAUACAACUUUACGGUAGAGUACAAACCAGGACGCCUUAAUGUCGUAGCUGAUGCCCUUUCACGUCGACCCGACUUUGAAACAGUCGUGAAACCCAACAGUGAGACAGCUGCUGUUGCGGUUAUGACGUCCUCAGUCCCAUCUACAACGUUGUAUGAUGAUGUGAGGCGGGCAUACGCCCAAGAUGCCGUUUCUGGUGACACACCACGUGUUGUCAUUCCAGAUGAUACUGAUCUGCGUUUGCGGAUCAUGUUCGAGUAUCACGAUGCUCCUAUAGGAGGACAUCGUGGCCGAGAGAAAACAUAUCUCACGGUAAGUCGAGACUUUUACUGGCCCCGCCAGUACCAGUUUGUGCGAAAGUAUGUUCGCGCAUGCGAAGUCUGUCAACGAGUGAAGUCAAGUCCUUCACUGCGUGCACCUUUACAGCCUCUACCGGUUCCGGCUGAGUGCUGGGAAUCCAUCUCAAUGGAUUUCGUCUUCGGGUUACCCAAAGACGCACGCGGGAAUACGGGUAUUCUCGUAUUUGUUGACAGAUUCAGCAAAAUGGUACACCUUGUAGCUGUACCAGAGACAAUCACGGCAAGUGGCUGUGCUUGUGUCUUUAUUGACACCAUCUUCCGACUUCAUGGGUUGCCCCGUGAACUCGUAUCAGACAGAGAUCCACGAUUCACUGCUGAUUUCUGGUGUUCCGUGUUCAAAUCACUCGGAACGCGCUUGAAGAUGUCAACAUAUGAUCAUCCAGAGUCAGAUGGUCAGACGGAACGUGCCAAUCGUGUCCUUGAAGAGAUACUUCGAGGAUACGUACACUCCUUUAAGAGUUGGAGUGAGUUUUUGCCAAUGGUAGAGUUUGCCAUCAACAACUCGGUGCAUGCGUCCACGACACAUACACCGUUUUACGUGAAUGGCUUGCGCCAUCCGCGUGUACCCACCUUACUAGAGUGUAACUCUGGUUUAAGGGGGGGAGGGACUCGCGCGAGCAAAAACCGAUUUGGUUCACGCUCAUCGCGCUCUGACGAAGAAGUCAUUGCGUUUGAUGCCGAUAUCGAUAACAUCAAUAUCGAAGAAGAUGAUGCCAGUGAGAGUGCGGAAGCCCUCACUGAAGAAGAUGAUCCCAGUGAGAGUGCGGAAGCCCUCACUGAAGAAAAGGUUGAUGUUGCUGCAGUGCGCUCACAGCACACUGAAGCUAACGAGUCAUCAGAUGAGUUCAUACUGGCUCGUGAAACGGUAGUCCGUUUUGUGCAAGACUCCAUCGCCGAAGCGGUGACUUAG